AUGGCCGACGAUAAAAUGAGUGCAGAGAAAGACGAAGUUCAGGCUUCUGAAGAGGAAACAGGGGUUGUAGCCCAAAGUGGAUCUGUCGAAGAAAAUGUGGUUCAGAAUCAAGACCAAGAAGCUGAACAGCGGCCAGCUCAAGGGAAUCGCUUGAAUUUUUGGGGUGUCAUAAAGACCCUUGCAUUUAGGAUGAUUUUUAUCUAUGGUCUUAGCAGCUUGUUUAGACGCUCACCAGCACCAACAACAGAGAGUGGGAUGGUACAAGAACCUUCAUCAAACUUAUUUCCUAAGGGUUUAAUCAUGGAUAUGCAUGCUUAUGUGUCAGAAAAUGAAGUAUUUACUGAUUUCAACAACUCUAAAGCAGUGUUCUGGGUCCAAAAAGGCCUUUCUUAUGGUGAUUGGAUAGCUGGUCCAGCAGGUGAUGGCUCUUUUGAAAAAAAAGGACAGAUCACUUUGUCAGAGUCUAUGAUGAAUAAUGGUUCCAUUUAUUUACAUGUGUAUUUCACAAAGUCUGGUGUUGCUCCAAAUGCUAAGGAUUCUGGAUUCUCACAUAACCUUAAAGCAUAUGCUUUCAAAAAAUUGAACAAAUACAAAAAAAGGAAGUUUCAUGAUACUGUCAAUCUCCUGACUGGUGAAACUGAGGCUCAUCCAACACUUAUUAAGAAAGCAAAUUCUUCCUCUUAUGAGAUACUUUCUCACUGGCAUCCAAACCUAACAAUUAACCUUUUGGAUGAUCAUUCUUCUUGGGUCAAAGGUCAUGUACCUCCUCCACUCGAUGAAUAUGUUAUUUUCCAGCCUGGCACAAAUAAUUACUAUCCUGUUAUUUUCUUCAAUGAUUAUUGGAAUCUGAACAGUGAUUAUAUGCCAAUUAAUGAAACUACACGAAUUCUGAAUUUGACUCUGACAUACAGUCCCAUUUCAUUGUUCCGAUGGCAGUUAUAUGCAGCACAAAACAUGAGAAACAAAUGGUAUUCUGUUUUGGGAAUGAAUUUGGUUGAAGAAGGAGAGGAAGAGCAAGAUUCUGUUAAGAUUGCCUUCUUAGAAACAAAUCCAUAUCUUUUGGCUAUUACUGUGAUUGUAUCCAUUGUUCACAGUGUAUUUGAAUUCCUGGCAUUCAAAAAUGAUAUCCAAUUUUGGAAGAGUCGCAAAUCAUUGGAAGGCCUCUCUGUUCGUUCAGUGUUCUUCAAUGUAUUCCAGUCAGUUGUGGUUGUUCUUUAUGUUCUGGACAAUGAGACAAAUAUGAUAGUCAAGAUAAGUGUGAUCAUUGGAUUGGCAAUAGAGAUUUGGAAGAUCCAGAAAGUUUUGGAUAUAUCAUUGGACAGAGAACAUAAGAUUUUUGGACUUUUGCCCAAGCCAGUUUUUAAGGAAAAAUCUACAUAUAUAGAGUCAGCAACCAAAAAGUAUGACAUGGUUGCAUUCAAAUAUUUAUCUUGGGGUUUAUUCCCUCUGUUAGCAAUCUAUGCUGUUUAUUCAUUAAUAUAUAAUGAACAUAAAGGAUGGUAUUCAUUUUCAUUAAGUAUGUUGUAUGGAUUUUUACUAACAUUUGGUUUCAUCAUGAUGACUCCACAAUUGUUCAUUAACUACAAGAUGAAGUCUGUUGCCCAUCUGCCCUGGAGAAUGUUAACCUACAAAGCCCUGAACACAUUCAUUGAUGAUAUUUUUGCAUUUGUCAUCAAAAUGCCAACAUUGUACAGAUUAGGUUGCUUUAGAGAUGAUAUUGUAUUUUUUAUCUACCUCUACCAACGCUAUAUUUAUCGUGUUGACCCAAAACGUGUAAAUGAGUUUGGCACCAGCCAGGAAAUGCUUGAGCAGAAUGGAAGUGUUGUGAAGGCAGAUGAAGGACAAAGAGAAAUUAAAUCAAACUCUGAGAAAAAGAAUGAUUAG